CCAGGGGCCGCUGUGGGCGGCGGCGGCGUUAGCGGCCGGCGGCGGGAGCGGCUCUCGGGCCCGGCUGCGAGCCCUGCCCGGCCCUGCCCGGCCCUCGCGGGGCCCUUUGGGGCGACCCCCGGCCGCUCUGCGGGGCGGAGCGGGGCGCUGAGGGGAGCCAUGUCCGCGCCUGCCGGGCUGCCGCCGCGGCCGCCCGCCGCCAUGUACCCGGCCGGGCCCGCAGCUUCCCGGGAGGCCGCGGCGGCCGAGGGCGGCGCUCCGCGCUGCCACAACGGUCCUGUGCAGAGUCCGAUGCAGUUCCCUGCUGGCUAUGGCUCGCAUCCUCCAAACUACAGUGCUCCCUCAGGACACUAUUCCCAAGUGCCCAAUAAAGCUGUUUCUCCACACGUGGAUAAUCAGUACAGAGCUAGUUACCACUCCAGCUACUAUUCAGCACCAGCACAAAAUGUCAUGGCCCCUUCGGUGGGUCCCAACGUGUUGAAUACCCGGGAAUCGCAGCAGUUCUACAACAAACCUCCCCAUGCAGCGGGGCCGGCUGAAGGACCUGUGCAAGGAGCAAUACCACCUGCACCCUACUUGCAUACGAGUGCUCCACAGUCAUAUUCAGCGUUUGGUAAUCACUACAGCACUUCUGUCAGCUCUUCAGUGGCAUCUCAGGGAUUUCCCCUUAAUUCUGACCAUUACGCUAUGCCCGUGGUUUCUAGUGCCGUGUACCCUAACGUUUCCUAUCCUCCUGCAGCUACUGGCAGCAUGUAUGGGCAGGCGUUUACUUCUCAGAGCCUACCUGCUGCCGGACAGUUCAAAGAGACAAAUAUGUUGUCUAGCCCGAGUACAUCAGUACCUCAUUCGCUUCAACAGCAUGUUCCUGUGGGAUAUAACUCAACGUUAUCGACCGUUUCAUCUGCUCAGCCCGUUCAAGACAACCUCAGCAGGAAUCUCACUGGAUCAGUUGCUAAAGUAAACAACCAAAUAAAUACAGGUGGCGUUGAUUCUGUACAGCCUGUGCACUCCGCAAGCCAGGGCGUUCAGUUCACCAAGCCUGGGGUGGGAACAUCUGCUUCCCCUGCUGUGAUCUCCUCAGCAAGGACAUCUGCUUCAGGACUUGCUUCACAGCCACGAUCGUCCCCCUCUGUCACACAGCCACCUGAGUCAGCUCUUCAGGAAGGCAUGCAGUAUGGUGGAUAUGUUAAUAAUCAAGCUAGCUCUGCACCAGCUCCCUUGUCAUCAAGUUCAGAUGAUGAGGAAGAGGAUGAGGAGGAUGAGGAAGCAGCAAUUGAUAGUUCUUCUACUACUAGCAGUGCCUCUCCUGUUCUGAACAAUUAUGAUGCCCUGGAAGGAGGUGGCUAUCCAGAGACACGUUCUGUGACCAGCAGCCCAGUUCCUGCUCCACCAACCCCCCAGACAUCAAAAACUUCCAAGCCCUUUGGUUAUGGAUAUCCAGCACUGCAGCCUGGCUACCAAAAUACAGCGUCACCUACUCCUGUGCAGCAGCCCAGUAAUCCAGGCCACCAUCCUGGCUUUCAGCAUUAUCCACAGCAAUAUCCAGGUGUGAACCAGCUGUCCUCUUCCUUAGGAGGGUUAAGUCUACAGCAUUCUCAGCAGCCAGAAGGCUUGAGACCAGUAAACCUUACACAAGACAGGAAUAUUUUGCCUGUAUCUUCAGUUCCAGCUCCUGUGCCUAACUUGAAUUCUGAUCUUAGGAAAUUAAACUGCAGUCCAGAUUCAUUUCGAUGUACGCUGACAAAUAUUCCACAGACACAGGCUUUAUUAAACAAAGCUAAGCUUCCAUUGGGUUUGUUGCUACAUCCCUUCAGAGACUUAACGCAAUUACCAGUAAUAACAUCAAGCACGAUAGUGAGAUGCAGAUCCUGCAGGACAUAUAUCAACCCUUUUGUUUCUUUCAUUGAUCAAAGGAGGUGGAAAUGCAAUCUGUGCUACAGAGUUAAUGAUGUUCCUGAAGAAUUUAUGUAUAAUCCUCUGACACGAUCUUAUGGAGAGCCGCACAAACGUCCAGAGGUCCAAAAUUCUACAGUGGAAUUCAUUGCUUCCUCUGACUACAUGCUUCGUCCUCCUCAGCCUGCGGUAUAUUUAUUUGUUUUAGAUGUCUCUCAUAAUGCAGUGGAGGCUGGAUAUUUGACAAUACUCUGCAAUUCAUUGCUGGAAAACCUAGACAAGCUGCCUGGAGACUCAAGAACGAGAAUAGGGUUCAUAACAUUUGACAGCACUGUUCAUUUUUACAACUUGCAAGAAGGUUUAUCUCAGCCUCAGAUGCUGAUUGUUUCAGAUAUUGAUGAUAUUUUCCUUCCUACACCAGAUGCUUUACUUGUAAAUCUCCAUGAAAGCAAAGAGCUGAUAAAAGAUCUGCUGAAUGCAUUCCCAAAUAUGUUCACCAAUACACGAGAAACCCACAGCGCUUUGGGCCCUGCUCUUCAGGCUGCAUUUAAACUGAUGUCUCCAACUGGAGGUCGGAUAUCUGUGUUUCAAACACAGUUACCAUCCUUGGGUGCAGGGCUUUUGCAUUCCAGAGAAGAUCCCAAUCAAAGGUCAAGCACAAAGGUGGUCCAACAUCUUGGUCCAGCUACAGAUUUUUAUAAGAAGUUGGCAUUGGACUGUUCAGGCCAACAGAUUGCUGUGGAUUUGUUUCUCUUAAGUUCGCAAUAUUCUGAUCUAGCUUCUCUUGCUUGCAUGUCCAAAUACUCUGCUGGGUGCAUCUAUUAUUAUCCAUCUUUUCAUCAUAUCCAUAAUCCUGCUCAGGCUGAGAAGUUGCAAAAAGACCUUAAAAGAUACCUUACGAGGAAGAUUGGUUUUGAGGCAGUUAUGCGCAUAAGAUGCACAAAAGGUCUUUCUAUCCACACUUUUCAUGGGAACUUUUUUGUACGAUCUACUGAUUUAUUAUCCCUUGCCAAUGUCAAUCCUGAUGCUGGAUUUGCAGUACAAAUGUCCAUUGAGGAAAGUCUCGCUGACACAUCCUUGGUUUGUUUUCAAACAGCUCUUUUGUAUACUUCCAGCAAAGGUGAACGCCGAAUUCGAGUGCACACACUUUGCUUGCCUGUAGUAAAUUCGUUGGCUGAUGUAUAUGCAGGAGCAGAUGUACAAGCAGUUGUAUGCCUCUUAGCAAACAUGGCGGUGGAUCGCUCAGUUUCAUCUAGUCUUGCAGAUGCAAGAGAUGCCUUAGUUAAUGCUGUGGUAGACUCUUUGUCAGCGUACAUGUCAACUGCCUCAAAUCUGCAGCAGUCCAUGCUGAUAGCACCAAAUUCCCUCAAGCUGUUUCCAUUGUAUGUUUUGGCUCUUCUCAAACAGAAAGCCUUUAGAACAGGCACUAGUACACGUUUGGAUGAUCGUGUGUAUGCGAUGUGCCAGAUUAAGAGUCAGCCUCUCAUUCACUUGAUGAAAAUGAUACAUCCCAACUUGUACAGAAUAGACAAGCUAACUGAGGAGAGUACAAUACAUGUAAAUGACAGAGUUGUUCCUCAGCCUCCUCUUCAGAAGCUAUCUGCAGAGAAGUUGACAAGAGAAGGAGCUUUUCUUAUGGAUUGUGGUUCAGCUUUUUAUAUUUGGAUUGGAAAAAACUGUGAUAACAACUUCAUAAAAGAUGUCCUUGGAUACCCAAACUAUGCGUCAGUACCACAGAAAAUGACACAGCUUCCUGAGGUAGUUGCACUUUCUUCAGAAAGGACGCGGUCUUUCAUAGCCUGGCUGAGGGACAAUAGACCUUUAAGCCCAGUUCUUCAAGUAAUAAAAGAUGAGAAUCCUGCCAAGACAGAGUUUUUUCAGCAUUUAAUUGAAGAUCGGACAGAAGCAGCUUUCUCUUAUUAUGAAUUCUUACUUCAUAUUCAACAGCAGAUUUGUAAAUGAGCAAGGAGUAAACUAGAAGAAGAAUCAUGACUCCAGAUAGAAGCAUUGGCUGAGAGAAGUAUAUGGAAAGUUACAAAAGUCGAUGUUUGUUCUUCACAAUAUACAGUAAUCGGCGCUGGUUGGGAAACUUUACAGCUAAAGGAGGAGAUGUAUACAUUUCCAGAAGAGUUUUGCAGAUUUACUUCAGUCUAAAAGUGCUAGGGAUGAUGAAGCUGUUUUCAGUAGUAAACUUUAAAUUGGUUUAUCCACGUUUCCAGUAGUGCAGCGGUAUGGUGCUCUGUUUAUUGCAAGCUGGUGAUUCUAUGUAGCUAUGUGGGAUGAUAUUUCUUACUGAAAUGUACAAUUAGGUAAAGCCUUUUUUUCUUACGUUUGUUAUGGUAGCCCUUCAAGAUUCAAAUUCUUAACAGACACGUCAAAGGGCAGUGCUGUAUGUUGGUUGUUUAUAUGAAUUUCUUCUUAAAAGGAAUGAUUCAUAUUUAGUAAAGACUUCAGCAAAUUCCCUUUGAAAGUUGUAGAAUUUCACUAAAGUAAAUGAAUUGUAGAAAUAAAAUAUAUAAUGUACAUAAGUAUUACAUUUGUAAAGAAAAUGUAAAAAUGUAACUAAAAAAAAAAAAAGAGACUUAGCUCAGUGUGCUGAAUUGUUGAGUGCUCAAUGAUGAAUUGUUUCAGUCCCAAGCUAGACAGUGAAGUUGACUAUUAAAACAUGCUUAAAAAAAUCCAUGUAGAAGGAACACAGCUUCUUGUUCUGUUUAAUUUGUAGGUGGAUUUAUUUAUGAUUGGCUCACUAAUUAAAAAUAUUUUGCUUUAUCAUGUGUUUUUAUAUUUAUGCAAAUACUAUCUUUUUGCAACUGAACUAUAUAUUGAAGAGAACAUGUUUACCACUUCAUUUUGCAAACCUCUGGAAGGGAGGAAAAAAUGUUGCACUCUCUGAAAUGAGCUAUCAAUACAAUACAAUAGUUAAAGUUCCUAGAACCCUCCUUAUGUAUUAUCCUAAAGAAGACAUAUCUGCUAACCUUAUUUUACAUUUUGUAAACUGCUGUAGUCUUGGUCCAGGUUUUCUGUAACUUUUGUCUGCUGUUUAGAGUAAGCAUGGGUAAUCACUCAAUCUAACUUGACGAUAUGAUUUCUGCUGUGAUCUGAAGGGGGGGGGGAAAAAGGUGAAGAGGGGUGUAAAAAUGAAUUAGCUUGCAACAAGGGAAGUAAAGGCUUUAAAAUACAAAAUUUCAAAAUGCGGUCACACAUUCACGUUCGUACAUCUUUCCAAAACCUUGUUCUUGGUAAUGUUUUGGUAACUUAAUUGUGAAGUUUCAGAUGGAUUUAGCUCAGACUUUGAAACUUUGUUGUGAAAUUGGGAUGGUUUUGUUUCUUUUUUUUUUUUUUUUUGAAGCACAUUAGAAGUAAUUAACAAAUUAUAGUCACUCAUACAUAGUACUUUCUGUUCGUUUGUUUGAUGAAAUAUAACUAAAAUGAUUAAAUACCAAAAAGUAAAUAAUAAUUAGUAUGAUUACAUUUUAUUUUAAGGUAGUCUUGAGAAUGUUACCGUGUUGCGUAACUGCCAUAUCCCCUGAAAAUAGAACUUGAAUAGUGGAGAAAAAAUGUUCUAGCUAUGGUUUGCAAAUGCUUUAAAAAAGUUACCCUAGUUAAAUUGUUCAAGUGAUGUUAGUCUGCAUGUUAGCAUCAACUCCUUGUUUGGGGAAAAUAUGAUUUACAUGUGUGUUGUCCUUAACUAAAUGUCUUUAAGUUACCUAAAAGAAACUUACCUAAAAGAAAUUACUUGAGAUAUUUUUUUUCCAUUUAGUAAAUUGUCAUGUAAUAAAUGUCUGAGGUGAUGUUGAAUCUUGUCCCUAAAUCAGACCACCAGGAUUUUGGUACUGAUAUGCUUGUUCGUAGAUGGCUUCACGGUGGGUGAAAGCUACACACUGCUGAAGACUGGGGCAUUUCCAAAAUUAUUUGUAAUUGCAAAGAUGAGAAGAGCAUGUUACAAUUUAAGUGCCCCAUGACUUGUGAGCUUGGUAUUGAAUACCUAGGAACAUCCUAUUCCAUGAUUAAUUGCAAUGUGUUCUGUAAAACCAUUAUUUAAAGCUUUAUUCUUCUAUCAUUUUUUGUAUAUGAAAAAUUAUAACAAGUACAGCAAGAGCUAUUUGUUCAGUAAAACCCUAACACGGCACAGAAUCUAGGGGUUUUGUUGUUGUUGUGACUUAUUUAAAUUAGUUAGUGGAGCACAUGUACUUCCUGACGGAUCUUUGUUUUCAAAUUCAAGACAACAGUCCCACAGAAAUAUUUUGAAUUGAAACAUCUUUGGAUUUAGCACGUUGAUUUUAGUGUUUUGAACAAUAGAGUAUCUGUAGGUAUGGAAGUAGCAUCUGAAAGAUGGCUUCACUUACAAUGGCUUGGAUCACACCACUGUACUGAAGGCUGCGUGCCAGAAAAUGAAUCCCCGUGAAGACUCACACUGUGAAACUUGAAAGAUUUUUGCCCACCGGAUAAUAUUUUGGUGAGGAGAUAAGAGGUAAGCUUUUGUAUCUUUUUAAAGUGUUGAACUAUCCCUUGAGGUUCUCUGACUGUUUUAGGGAUUGAUUUUUUUUUUUUUCCCCAAAAAGCUUUCAACUCUGUCGUAUGAAUCACGCCUGUUUCAUGAGAAGUUCAAAAUCAGCUAGGAGACAGAUACACGAGCCCUGGUUAAGUAAGUCUUUUGGGGAAUUGAUUCAAAUUCUCUACAUUUUAAAUACAGCUGGCAUCCCUUUCCAUUUCUUAGUUCUAAAAGCCACAUUGUUUACAUCUUUUAACGUCAAAGGAAUAUGUGAACUGCUGAUGGAGAAAUUACAGUCCAGGAGGCUCUUAGAGUAGUAAAGACAUGUAAUGUAGCUCCCGGAGAACUAGUAAUAAACAUAAUUGUGUAUUAAACUUUCACACAUAUCAGAAAUAAGCCUAUUUGUUAAUUUUGAUGUAGAGCUUCAUAUCUCUGGAAAAAAAAAAAAUGAGUGGGCGCAGUUGACUUUGGCUUUCUGUACAUUUUGACAGAUACUGAAAAGAUGUUUUUCAGUCAUUAGUGGUGGUGUUUUUUUAACAAGCCAAAAUGAACUGCCAGUAAUCCUGACAGUCAAAAGCUCUUUAGUAAUUUCAAAUAUGAAAUAUUACUUUGGUGUUGACCCCAAAUACAUUUCAAGAACUCCAU